AUGGCCAUGAUGAAUUUCGACAUCAACGAUGCUCUCAAGCACUACAUGUCGGAUCCGACGACGAUAUCGACGCCCGAAGCCGAUGGCGCCCUCCUCGAGUGCGAAAACGACCCCGAGGGCCUCACUAAUCCCGUCAUCAAUCCGGUCCUCAACCCCAUCAUCGAUGCCGUCGCCGACAACCCCGACGCCAUGAUGCGUCCCCAGCACGUCGACUCGCUGCAGUUUCUCCUCAAGUACACGUCCGUCUUGCCGACGCACGCUCUGAGCAAGAUCUUCGACCUCGUCAUGAGCGGGCUCGCCGCCGAGGCCGACGCCAUCAGCAACGACAUCGACUCCCCCGACGAGCAGGACACGCUCGCCCACCACAAGCAGCUUCUCGAGAUGUACGGCUUCCUGCUGCAGUGGACCAUCGCCGCCGUCGAGGCCAAGGCGGCCGAGAAGUCGUCGGUACCCGCCGCCCGGAGCCGAGGCAAGCCCAAAAAGGGCACCAAGGACGAUUCGUGGGACUCGGCGACGCAGCUGCAGGCGGCACUCGAGGUCAUGUGCAAGGUCUUGAAGCUCAAGCUCGCCAAGAUCUUCCUUACCACGAGCGAGCGCGACACCUUCAUCGGCCUGCUCACCCGGCCCGUCUACAUGAUCCUCGAGAGCGAGCAGCGCACCAAGAUGACGCCGAUCCGCAUGCACUGCUUCAAGGUGCUCUGCGUCGCCGUCAAGCAUCACGGUCACGGAUACGCGGCACAAAUCAACGUCAUCCAGAACCUCACGUACUUUGAGCACCUCUCCGAGCCCAUGGCCGAGUUCCUGCACAUCCUCGCCGAGACGUACGACUACCCCCAGCUCACCGACGAGCUGCUGAGGGAAAUCAGCAACAAGGAGUUCAACUCCAACGACACGCGGGGGCCCAAGUCCAUCUCGGCCUUUAUCGCGAAGCUCUCGGAGCUCGCGCCUCGGCUCGUCAUCAAGCAGAUGACCAUGCUCGCGAAGCAGCUCGACAGCGAGUCUCACACCCUCCGCUGCGCCCUCAUCGAGGUCUGCGGCAACAUGGUCGCCCACCUCAGCCGGCAGGACGAGCGCAGCGAGAACCACAAGUCGCAGCUGAACGCCUUCUUCGACGUGCUCGAGGAGCGGUUCCUCGACGUCAACCCCUACUGUCGCUGCCGCACCCUGCAGGUGUACAUGAGGCUGUGCGAGCUCGAGCAAAAGUUCCCCAAGCGCCGGCAGAAGGCGGCCGAGCUCGCGUGCCGGAGCCUCGAGGACAAGAGCAGCAACGUGCGCAGGAACGCCAUCAAGCUGCUGGGCACGCUCGUCAAGACGCACCCCUUCACCGUCAUGCACGGCGCCCAGCUCUCCCGCAAGGAGUGGCAGCAGCGCCACGACAAGGUCGAGGAGGAGCUCAACGCCCUGCAGCCGCCCCCGGGCAUGCCGGGCCUGGGGGGCGUCAACGAGGCCAACGUGACGGUCGACAACGAUCUCCUAGACGAGGCCACCGAGGUCGGCUCGCCGCAGAAGCCGCAGCGGCCGAUGACGGACGAGGACAGGGCGGCGGCCGUCCGCAAGGCGAGGGAGGAUGCGGCGACGGGCGAGGCCAUCGAGAAGCUCACGCUCACGAGGCGGUACUACAACGAGGCCCUCAAGUUCAUCGACGUGCUGCACGACGCGACGGCCAUCGUCUGCCAGCUGCUCGGCUCCAAGAACAAGAGCGAGGUCAUCGAGGCCAUCGACUACUUCGAGAUCGGCGACGCCUACAACAUCGAGCAGAACAAGCUCGGCAUCAGACGCAUGCUGCGCCUCAUCUGGACCAAGGGCAACAGCGACGAGGGCAAGGGCGUGCAGAUGCACCUCAUCGAGUGCUACCGGAGGCUCUUCUUCGAGGCGCCCGAGACCUUUAGCCCCAACGACGCGGCCAACUACGUCGCGCGCAACAUGAUCAGCCUGACCUUUGGCGCCACGCCGGCCGAGCUGACGUCGCUCGAGCAGCUGCUGGCGACGAUGAUGGACGCCGGCAUCAUCCCCGACGUGGUCGUCUCGAAGCUGUGGCAGGUCUACGGCGUCCAGAGGCGGGAGAUUUCGCGGACCCAGCGGCGCGGCGCCAUCAUCGUGCUCGGCAUGCUCGCCACGGCGAACCCCGAGAUCGUCAUCGGCGAGAUCGAGACGAUGCUGCGGACCGGGCUCGGGUCCCACGGCCGCGACGACCUGCAGCUGGCCAAGUACACGUGCAUCGCCCUGCGCCGCAUCAACCCCGUCGGCCGCCAGGCGAAGGAGUCGACGGCCAAGUUUGCCCGCCUGCCCAACGACCACGCCGUCUGCCGGCGGUUGGCGGCCAUCAGCGAGGCCAUCAACGCCAUCUACGCCAUCUCGAAGCACCCGGACACGCUCUGCUCGGCCAUGAUCCGGCGCAAGACGCGGCAGCUGCUCUUCGUCGUCGGCCACGUCGCCAUCAAGCAGAUUGUCCACCUCGAGCUGUGCGAGCUCGACUUUAAGCGCAGGAAGCAGGAGAAGGAGAAGAUGGCGGGCGGCAAGACGGACAAGGAAAAGGAGGACGCCGACGAGCUGGAUCUCAUCGGCGGCACGACCGAGGACGACUUCACCGAGGCCAUGGCGCACAUCCGGGAGCGCGAGCUGCUGUACGGGCCGAGCUCGCUGCUCGCCCUCUUCGGGCCGCUCGUGUCGGACGUCUGCGCCAAGAACAACGUGCACGCCGACAAGGGCCUGCAGGCGGCGGCGACGCUGUGCCUCGCGAAGCUCAUGUGCGUGUCGUCGGAGUACUGCGAGGCCAACCUGCCGCUCCUCAUCACCAUCAUGGAGCGCUCGCCCGACGCGACGGUGCGGUCCAACGCCGUCAUCGCCCUCGGCGACAUGGCCGUGUGCUUCAACCACCUCAUCGACGAGAACACGGACUUUCUCUACCGCCGGCUCGCCGACGACGACGCGUCGGUGAAGCGGACCUGCCUCAUGACGCUGACCUUUUUGAUCCUCGCCGGCCAGGUCAAGGUCAAGGGCCAGCUGGGCGAGAUGGCCAAGUGCCUCGAGGACGAGGACCGGCGGAUCGCCGACCUCGCGAGGAUGUUCUUCACCGAGCUCAGCACCAAGGACAACGCCGUGUACAACCACUUUGUCGACAUGUUCAGCCUGCUGAGCGCCGGCGGCCGCAUGGACGAGGAAGCCUUCCGGCGCAUCAUCCGCUUCCUGCUCGGCUUCGUGGAAAAGGCAAGUACCAGCUCCGCUCGGACGAAUUCGCCCGCUGACCGACGGCCGCAGGACAAGCACGCCAAGCAGCUCGCCGAGAAGCUCGCGGCAAGGUUGGCGCGCUGCGAGACGGAGAGGCAGUGGAACGACGUCGCCUUUGCGCUCGGGCUGCUGCCGCACAAGAACGAGGAGAUAUCGAAGCUCGUGUCGGACGGGUUCCGAGUCGUCCAGACGGCCGCGUAG